GUGAGUCUGUUUCAAACAGAGGAAACACAGAAUAAACUCUUGAGCAUGAACCCAUCCGUCAGAAUCUUUUUCUGUCUGUUCUGUGGAGCUCUAUCAGCUGCUCAGGACUUCAUCCAGCCUGCAGCCGGCAGGUUUGGACACCAGAUACCAGAGCGGCCUGAAGUCCAGGAACCAGCAGCUGUCCUCCAGGAGAAGCAGUCUUUCCAUGAACCGUUGUCAUGGAGGUUUCCGGACCCUCCGGCUGAGGAGGAGCCUCGGUUCCCUCCAGACUUUGAGCUGAAGGCUCCGGAGGCAGCCGACAGCGUCAGCGCCAUCUGCGGGGAGAACUCUAUCCGGGUGGAGGCCAAGAAGGACCUGCUGGGGAUCGGUAAACCUGUCCUGGCUGCAGAUGUCACGCUGGGAGGAUGUCCUGCCACGGGCGAGGAUCCUGAAGCUCAGGUCCUGGUCUUUGAGUCGGAGCUGCACGGCUGUGGCAGCCAGCUGCUGAUGUCUGAGGACUCGUUCAUCUACGCCUUCACGCUGAUCUACACUCCCAGUCCUCUGGGCAACAGUCAAAUCAUCCGAACCAGAGGCGUCACAGUCAGCAUCCAGUGUCACUACCAGAGGAAGCAUGAUGUGAGCAGUGGCCCGCUGAAGCCCACCUGGAGUCCGUUCAGUCUCACCAAAGCUUCAGAGGAGAGUCUCUACUUCUCCGUCAAACUCAUGACCGGUGAGUGUUUGUCCAGGUGCCUGUUUGACAGCCAGCUGACAGGCUCCAGCUCUCAGUUCCUGCCUCGGUCUCAGGACGACAGACUGCAGUUUGAGGUGGAGGCGUUCAGGUUCCAGCAGGACGACAGCGGCAUGAUCUACAUCACCUGCAGUGUGAGAGCCACAGCAGCUGCUGCAGCUGUUGAUGCCACCAACAAGGCCUGUUCAUUCUCCAACGGGUGGAGGGAGGCCAGUGGCAGCCAUCAGGUGUGUGCCUGCUGUGAUACAGACUGUGGGACAGGAAGCCAGAGUCACCUGACAGGAACAGGUGCUCAGUGGGAACAGGAAACAGCUGUUGGACCAAUCACAGUGAAGGAGAGACCUCUAUAGUGAAAAAACAAAACCAAAAGAACUUUAAUAUGAAUGGAAUAAGAUUAAAGCUCUUAAUACUCGAA